UGAAAAGUUUGCGUAAUAAAUCGGACGGUUUACAGAGAGGGUGCGCGCAUACGCUGCUAGUCCGGCCCCAGAGUGCGGGAUACUGUGCCAUCCGGAUUGGAAAAUGAGUUAAUCACCUGUGGCAGGUAGUCAUCGGCGCGGCCUUUAUUGGAUUAUUUGCUACGCUUUGGUGGAAAGUGAAAGUUAACACUGGGGCCUGCUUCUACAAUGGAAAGCCUGCAUCCUGGCACAGAUCUUUCCAAUGGAGUAAAGAAAGGGAGAGAGUCCAGGGGCAGCACCAGAAGAGAGAGAGAUGCAGGGAGUAGCCCUUAUCCCAGAAAAGGUCCCAAUAUUUUUGAUGGUAUUCCAGCUGACCAAAGUGCAGGAGCCGGUGAUAGCCAAAGGUUUGACCAAAGUGGAGCACCGGGCAUGAGUUUCCAGCAGGAGAUGUUGGAAAAGGCUAAGGAGUUAUUCCAGUUAUGUGACAAGGAGGAGAAAGGUUUUAUUACCAAAAGGGAUAUGCAGCGACUUCAGAAUGAAUUACCCUUGACCCCUGAGCAGCUGGAGGAUGUAUUUGACAAUCUAGACCAAGAUAAUAAUGGAUAUUUGACUCCACUAGAAUUUAGCAUGGGUUUGGGAAAGUUUAUUGGAGUCGAAGUACUGUCAGAAAAUGAAGGUUUUGACACAUCAGUACAUGAGGAUACAUUUGUGUCAGGUUGGGAUAAUGAUCUGUCCAUGUUGGAUGAUGAAGACGAGAGAAGGUUCUGUGUAAUGAUGCAACAGCAUGGAGCUGCUCAGGUGUUUAAGGAUCAGUCAGAAGUUCGUGAGUUGUGGGCACGUCUGCGGAAAGAUAGACCUGAACUGCUUGCCACAUUUGAGAAAUUUCUGUUUAAAGUGUCUGCACAUAUUCAGGAGGUACACCUAGAGAAGGACUCAAUGGAGCAGGCCCUGCGAAGGAGGGAGUGUGACCAUGACAAGGAAGUACGUUCUCUCUAUGAAGAGAUGGAGCACCAAAUAAAGAUUGAAAAAGACCGGUUACUUUAUCAGGAUUCUUCCAGGCAAAUUGGCAAGAAUGUUGAGCUACAGAAGGAGCUGCAAAUUCGGGAACGUGAGCUGGAGGGAAUUGUCGGAAGACAACGUCAGCUUGAAAGACAACUCCAUGAGCUGAGCUAUGAGCAAACAGAAACACGUAUACAAAAUGAGCGCCUUCGACACCUAAAUGAAAAUUUGCUAGAACAACUGGAGCAUACUCGACAUGAACUGCAGACCACACAGUUCCAUUUAGGCCACCUGCAAGAUGAGGCUCAGCGUGAGAAAAAACGUAAAGACAAGGAUGUUUUGAAUGUUUCAAAGAAUAUGCAAAAGGAAAAGGAGAGUCUUCUGAGGCAACUAGAACUGCUGAGGGAGAUGAACAGAAAGCUGAGAGAUGAACGGGAUGCCCAUGAAGCCAGGAAGAUGACCUCCCCUAGCAAAAAGCCUCUGCUGAAGAAAGGGUCAGUGAUAGGCAGAUAUCUUCUGGAGGACAAGCCAAUUAAACGACAGCUAAAUCCAGCAGAAAGUGAUUGUACACCUUGUGAAGAUGUGUCAUCAGAACCAAAUAAGAAGAGCAGCAAGUGUGAUUCUAAUGAUGGAGCAGACAAUGCUAAUGAAUCCAUGGAUGUGGAUGGACUGACAGAUAAAAAAGAGGAGACCGUGACUGAAUCAUUAAGAGAAGAACCUGUUGGAAUGGAAUCCAUGGACCCUCUAAAUAUGCCUCCAGAAAGGGUAUUUAAAGUGGUUUUCAUAGGAAACUCAGGAGUUGGGAAGACAUCCUUCAUCCACUACUUCUGCCAGGGACAGUUCCUAACAGACGUCUGCUCAACAGUUGGUAUUGAUUAUCAGAUGCGAAGUCUCAUUGUGGACAAUGUCUCUGUUGUCUUGCAACUCUGGGAUACGGCCGGUCAGGAAAGGUAAGUUAAGUGUGACUUAAU